AUGAAGGUCAUCAUCCGCGACGACAAGGACAGUGCCUCCAAAUACGCAGCCCGGUAUAUCAUCAACCGCAUCAAUGCCUUCGCGCCAACCCCGGAAAAGCCCUUUGUCCUCGGACUACCCACAGGCAGCAGCCCCGAGAUCAUUUACAAAUACUUGGUCGAGGCGCACAAGGCCGGUGAGGUGUCAUUCGCCAAUGUCGUGACUUUCAACAUGGACGAAUACGUGGGUCUGCCCGAGGACCAUCCCGAGUCCUACCACAGUUUCAUGUACAAGCACUUUUUUGCCCACGUCGACAUCAACCCGGAGAACGUCAAUAUCCUCAACGGCAAUGCUCCCGACCUCAAAGUCGAGUGUGCUGCCUACGAAGAAAAGAUUUCCCGCGCCGGCGGAAUUGACCUCUUCCUGGGGGGCAUUGGACCAGAUGGACAUAUCGCAUUCAAUGAGCCGGGCUCUUCGCUGCGGUCAAGGACCAGAGUCAAGACGUUGGCAGAAGACACGAUUCGGGCGAAUUCAAGGUUCUUUGGCGGCGACCUCAGUCAGGUUCCCAGACAAGCAUUGACUGUGGGUGUGGGCACUGUUAUGGAUGCCCGGGAGGUGCUGGUCAUCGUCCUAGGCUCCAACAAGGCGGUCGCUUUAGCCAAAACCAUCGAGGGGGCUGUCAGCCAGAUGUGGACCUGCAGUGCACUGCAGAUGCACGAGAAUGCCAUGAUCGUCUGCGACGAUGCCGCCACUGACGAAAUGCUGGUGAAAACGGUCAAGUAUUUCAAGAGCAUCGAACAAGUUUCCGCGGAACAGGAAACCGCCAAAGCCACUCCUCUACAAACCUCGCAGGUCCGGCUGGACAACUGGCGGGCGGGCCUGAAGGACCUGAGAAUCGACACCGACAAGAAAGAGCUGCUGGAUCAAGACGACGGAGAACUGACACCGGAUAGCAUGUCGUCGAGGCUGGUGGACUCGGCGAUCGCCAUGAACGACAAGAAAAUGGGCGAUUUCAUGUUUGACCGCAUGGGCUCGCGAGUCUCGACUUUUGCGGCAUAA